UCCUCUGAGCUCUCUCGUUUUUUCCUUUCAAUUUAUAAAUACGCAGAACUGAGAUUUCCGUAUAUAUUUCCGGUUCUAUUUGUUUAAUUCAUUUUUUCUGUGCAUGGGGUUUCCAGUUGUUUACAGUGAAGUUUUCUUCUUGCCAAAAAUUGUCGUUCACGCACUUUCAUUUCUGGGUUUUAUCCGGUAUUUAAUCGUUUCGCUUUUCAACUACCUCGGACUUUCCGAUUUCAUCGAAACGGACACCGCAUGGCCGGAAAAUCCUACCCGAACGACGGUCGUGAAGCCACCGGUAUCCGCCCUCCUGAUCCGAGAAGUCCUUCCGGUUAUAAAGUACGAGGAGCUUGUGGUGGUGAAAGGGGAUCCGCCGGAUAGCUGCGCCGUUUGCCUGCACGAGUUCGAAAAAGGGGAAGAGAUCAGGUGGUUGAGGAACUGUAGGCACGUUUUCCAUAGGGCGUGUUUGGAUCGUUGGAUGGACCAUGAUCAGGUAACGUGUCCGCUGUGUAGGACACCGUUUGUGCCGGAUGAGUUGCAGGAGGAGUUUAAUCAGCGGCUCUGGGCAGCUUCCGGGAUCGCCGAUAUUUACAGUGAGUACAGUUCUGUCCCGGGAUUGUAAAUUGUUUGUCUUGGUCAAAAGGCUGGUUUCUUUUUUCUACCGGGUUUACUGAAAAUUGAACAUUGUAGUUGUAAACGGAUCAUGGUUUCCGUUCGA